AUGGUAGAACAGCAGCAGCGCCAGAAACAGUUCGGACGAGUUGGUGAAGGCAAAGUGUUGCGUCACAAGUCGGUAGAACUGGUGAUGCGUGGAGAGGUGCGGGUGGAGUUGGAGGUGGAGGUAGGGGGUGAGGCGGAAGAGGGAGGAGAGGAUGGUUGUGAUGGAGGUGGUGAUGAUGAUGGCUUUGGUGAUAGGGGCGGAUGCGAAACCUGCUACCAUGGUGGGAGCAUGUUUGAGGAGCGUGCGGGGUGGGAGGAAGGAGGAGUGAGCAACAAGUGGUGCAGGGUCCAUCGAGAUUUCAGUGCCGCGUUGGGUUGCGGAAAUCGGAUCAAGAAUUCAUGUGGAGUCGCCAUCGUAUCCGCACAGACACUUUAUCUCUACUCACCAUCAUUCGCGACCUACGACCAUCAAACACCGCCGUCGAUCACACACAUCUCCACCUCCUCCCCUCCCACCAUGCGUCGCGGUCCCGGCAUCGCCGCGCUCGACCGCACCAUCCACUCCGCCUCGGCCUACUCCACGCUCUCCGCCUCGCUCACCGCCACCCAGCUCUCCGAACUUCGCUCCCAACUCGACCUCUUCUCCACCGCCCUCCGCCAAUUCUCCUCGCAACACCGUAACGAGAUUCGCAAAAACCCCGAAUUUCGCCAUGCCUUUCAAAAGAUGUGCUACAGCAUCGGUGUCGACCCGCUCUCCUCGUCCACGCGCGGUUCUUCCGGAGGUCUGGCGGGGUUGUGGAGCGACAUGUUGGGACUGGGAGAUUGGGCGUUCGAGUUGGGAGUGCAGAUCAUCGAUGUGUGUGUGAGUACGAGAGGGGAGAAUGGUGGAGUGAUGAGUAUGGAUGAUCUCAUCCGCAGGGUGACGAGGUUGAGGACAGGAGAUGACAAGGGUUCAUCGGCAGGCAAAGCAGCGGAGAUCACGGAGGACGAUAUUGUAAGGAGCAUCAAGAUGUUGGCACCGUUGGGAUGCGGGUAUGAAGUGUUUUCGUUAGGGGAUGGAGGGCAGAAGAUGGUGAGAAGCGUUCCGAGAGAACUCGACACCGAUACAAUGAUCGUACUGGGCAUGCUCCUCUCCACCACCACCACAGCAUCAACGGAAGCGUCGCUACCAUUCCUCACAGAAGACACCCUCGUCUCCGGAUCAAAAACAAAAGGUUGGUCUCGAGACCGCGCAAGAGCAGUGUUGGAGAACAUGACGUCGAGAGAAGGUAUGCUGUGGAUCGACGAACAGGCUUUCCCACCACGGUACUACUCGUUGGCUACCCUUACGGCCGGAUGA